GAGUAAUAGUAGGAGGGCUUUUUCCGAACUCCCUCUCUGCUUUGAACGGGGCUAUCUCACUCCAGCAUUCCUCCCGUUUCCACCAAUAAGCCCAAUGAGCUGAGUGCGCACCGCCCACUGUCGGUGUGUGUAUUUUUUUCCCCUCCUUUGCCUUUUUUUUUUUUUCAGAGCUGGAUGUGUAGAUCGUCACAUGUUGUUUCCCCUCCUCAGUCGGACACCAGCAGACAUGUGUUAUUUAUUGCUCAGCUGGGAAGACGAACGAACGCACAACCGGCGCGUAAAAUAGAGGAUUAAAGUAAAAAGCGCGUCGUUUCUUCAUCAAAGUCGAGGAAAAGGAAGCAUUGUGUCUGAAAGUGAAGGACGCUAGAAUGGCGAGUCCGCCAAAUACGGGAGAUCAACCGUUAUUACCCAGUAAUAAUACGAGCGUUAACGGGAAUAUUAAGAAGUGCGGAUACCUGAAGAAGCAAAAACACGGACACAAGCGCUUUUUUGUGCUGAAGGAACCGACUGAAGGCUUCCCUGCCCGGCUGGAGUACUACGAAAGCGAGAAGAAAUGGAAAAACAAAUCGUCCCCGAAGAGAGUUAUUCCACUGGACUGUUGUCUGUGUAUCAACAAGAGAGCGGACGCAAAACACAAAUAUCUCAUUGCGCUUUAUACUAAGGAUGAGUAUUUUGCGGUGGCGGCAGAAAACGAACAGGAACAGGAGUGUUGGUAUCAGGUCCUGACAGAUUUAAUGGCAGAGGGGAAAGUGUAUGACGGAUCCGCGUCCAACUCUGCGUCCUCCCUGGUCGGCUUUGACGAGGCCAGCUAUGGGGUAAUAACCCCGGUCACCGCCGUCUACAAGGAGGUCUGGCAAGUCAACCUGAAAUCCAAAGGUCUGGGCCAGAGCAGGAAUUUGACCGGGGUGUACAGGCUGUGUCUGUCCAGCCGGACUAUCAGCUUUGUCAAACUGAACUCAGAGGUUGCCUCCGUCAUCUUACAGCUGAUGAACAUCCGGAGGUGCGGCCACUCUGACAGCUUUUUCUUCAUUGAGGUCGGACGCUCCGCAGCCACGGGGCCGGGGGAGUUAUGGAUGCAGGCGGAUGACUCUGUGGUGGCGCAAAACAUCCACGAAACUAUCCUAGAGGCCAUGAAAGCCAUGAAGGAGCUGUCGGAAUUCCGUCCGCGCAGUAAAAGCCAGUCAUCUGGGACAAACCCCAUCUCUGUGCCCACACGGCGGCACCUGAACAACCCCCCUCCCAGUCAGACAGGGCUUCCCCGUCGGUCACGCACUGAUAGCAUGGCCGCCACUUCACCCGUGAGCAAAUUUACCUCCUGUCGAAUACGCACCGCCAGCGAGGGCGACGGCACCAUGACACGCCCCAUGUCAGUGACCGGGAGCCCCCUCAGCCCAGGGGUCCACCGGACCCUCUUGAGCAGAUCUCACACCAUUACAACACGCCCUUCUCGGACGUUUGAGUCUUCUUCCCUCCAGCACAGUAAGUCCAUGUCUAUGCCACUGUCUCAUUCCCCACCCAUGGCUGCCCCCAGCCUAGUCAGCCUGUCCUCCUGCCCUGACAGCAGUGCGCCUCGCCCCUCCAGCUGCAGUGCCUCCUUCUCAGGCUCUCCUAGUGAUGCUGGGUUUAUAUCAUGUGAGGAGUAUGGCUCUAGCCCUGCAGACACACGGGACAUCAGGGUUUCUCUGACACUACGUAGCAACACUCCUGAGUCUCUCAAAGCUGACACCCCCCCUUCUCGAGAUGGCAGUGAGCUUGAUGGUUACAUGGUGAUGGAGAGGCAGAAUCAAAAUGGUUACCGUUGUAUACCUGAGCUAGACAAGGCCUAUCGAAAGCGUACAUACUCCCUCACCACCCCUCGCCAGCAGAGGGGUCCCCCACAAGUAUCUUCAGCAUCACUAGAUGAGUAUACUCUCAUGAGGGCCACCUUUGCCAGUGGAAAUCAGGCUCCUCGCAGGUGUCACACUGCCUCUCCUAAAGGGACCUAUCCUGAGGAUUACAGGGCUGUCCAGGUCAGCUCGGACAGUCUGCCAGCUGACAGUGGCUACAUGCCUAUGAUGCCAGGUGUGGCACCUCAGACUCCAGGGUCCAAAGAUGACUUCUAUAUGCCAAUGAGCCCCAUGUGUAUUUCUGCCCCAAAACAGAUCAUCAACCCCCGUUCACACUCCACUUCAGCUGGGCUGGCCCCACGCACCGACUCCCCAGGGAGUGUUUCACUGGAGGACAGUGGCUAUAUGCGCAUGUGGUGUGGAACCAAGAUGUCUGUGGAGAGCACAGAGGGAAAGCUCACUAAUGGUGAAUACCUGAAUAUGUCUCCUGUUGACCCCCUGGUGUCUUUCACACCCCCUGACAACAUCCUUAGUCCUACAGCCGGAGAUCCCCACCCCCAGCAACAUCACAGACAGCCUUAUUUUUACAGCUCACUGCCGCGCUCACUUAAAGGCCAGUUGCAGCGUAAAGGGUCCACAGACACAGACCAGUAUGUAGUGAUGAGUUUACAAAGACAACGGAUAGAUGAGGAGUCCAACUACUGCCCUGUCUCUCCAGGAGGGUCUUCGGACAGUGCGUCUCCAGGUACACCGGGCACCCCUUCUUCUGCUCCGUCUCCUUUUAGAGUGGCUCGAGUAGAGGGGGGGCUGGUACACCGGAAUAGGGUGUGUCGGCCCACCCGCUUGGCUUUGGAGUCUCUCAGGACCUUACCAUGUAUGAGUGAACACCCCCUUCCCUCAGAGCCGCGCAGUCCAGGAGAAUACAUCAACAUAGACUUCAGUAGUUCUAACGGUGACCCACUGACAUCCAGAGCAUCAGAGCGCUCAGAGUCCUCCAGUUUGAAUUUUUCAUGUGCAGAGAAGGGAUCACCACCACUCAUGGACUAUGUAAAUGUUGAUGCACACUCUCAAGACCACCUUGGCUCAAACCAUGCUGAAGGUCCCUCCCCUGCAGGUAGUACAAAACACAGGCCUGAAGUCUUGACGUGUCCUAGUGUGCUCAACUCUCAGCUGGAUGUGCAGGGAACUAAAGCGGGGAUGGAAACAACUUUGGUGGAUAAAACAGAGGAAAAGGGGUUGGUAGAGAAUAAGACGGCUCCAGUUAAGGACGACUACACUGAGAUGACGUUCAGCCCCCCUGUUCCCCUACCUGCCCUCUGCACCAGUGAUGCUGCGCCCCUCCCUAUGAGCCCCACUACCUGUGUGCAAAGACUUAGCCUUGAGAGCAGUAUUGUGGAUGAAGUACCACCUGCUCCAGUAGACUCUUUUCUCUUAGGGGGUCCAUCAUUGUCUGUCAACCUUCUGGAUCCACACAGGGGGGCCAAAGUGAUCAGAGCUGACCCUCAUGGGCGGCGGCGGCACAGUUCUGAGACCUUUUCUUCCACCACCACUGUUGCACCUGUGUGCCCAUCCUUUGCUCAUGACACCAAAAGGCAUAGCUCUGCCUCUGUGGAGAAUGUAUCCCGUAGCGUUCGUGCCUCUGAGGGACCUGAUGAGGACUAUAGUAGCAACAGCCCCAUGUGCAGGGAGACGUCAGCUGGUUAUCAAAAUGGACUUAACUACAUUGCCUUAAACUUAAUGGAGGGAAACCUUGGUGGAUGCAGACUAGGGGGCUGUGAUGGACUCCUGAGGUUCAAGGCAGCCUGUGGUUGCAAGGGGGGCAUGAACGGUUUCAACACAAGUCCCUAUGCCAGCCUGGGAUUCAAGGAAACUGCCACUGCUGUGAAAGAAUGAAGGCUGGUGGGUUCCUCCCACUCCCCUCCUCUACCCUCUGCUCCUGUGAACACAGGAUUUCACUGCAGUUUAGUAACAAGGUCGCCACAACGACAGCUGGACCAUGUACUGCAGCCGAAGUCCUUUGACCCCUUCGCUGCCUUCAAGGGUCAUUGGGAUGGCCGUCACCAUGGCAACACGGACACUUUCCCCCAAAUCUUCCCUCCGCUUUUCUCGGCACCAAAACAUUCAGGCGCCAUCUCUGCUGCUGUAAUAGAUUACUUAAAAAAACAACAAGAACUUAAAUGGACGUUUAAUUCUGACUAUAGAUAGUUGACUAUUUAUAUGUGUACGUAGGCCUGCAAAAUUAUUCUGCAGUAUAUUGUUAUGUUAAUUAUUAUUGUCGUUACUAUUAUUCAUACACUUUCAGCUGGUUUUCUUUUGGUUUCAGCCAACAGUUGCCAGAUACCCUCGCCUGAAAACCUGUGAACCAAACCUGGAGAACACAUGCAAAAACCUUUCCCGCAUACAGAUUACAUAUAUUUAUUUAUUUAUCAUGUAUGUAUGCAUUUGGAGAAAUGUGUGCGUGAAUUUUCUAUACAGAUUGUACUGCAAAAUGAGGUGGCAUUUAUGAACAUAUUUAAAAAUCAAAGUUAACCUUUGUUUAAAAACCUACCUCAACAAAAACCAGGUUGGUACCAAUUCUCACAGUCAGAAAAUUAUACUAUAUAUAUAAUAUUUAUUUUCAGAGGUGAAUGUUUUUGAAAUCACCAAUCCAAAGCCUUACUCUUCCAUCAGCCCCCUUCUGAUGGAUCUUUUAGUUCGGACCUAUAAAUACGCAGUAUAUCAAAGAUGUAAGUGAUCACUUAAAAGACUGAAUGUUCAUCAGAGCUGAAUGAGAGACAGCCUCUCUGAGAUUAAGUUCCCUUUCUCCCCACGUUACAUUUAUUACAAAAGUAUGUAUUCAAGAGCCAGAGUAAUAUAUUUAUUAUAUGCCUGAGAUGGAGGAGUAGUGACUCAUACACACUUAAAGUAUCCCACAGGACCUUAGAGGAUUACUUAGCAUUGUGUUGCAUCACACUUGCAUGAACACCACACAAAUACUGCAACAUGAAGCAGGUCCUCCUCAACCUGAACAACAGAUCUGUGGCCUGUCUGAGCCCAAGCCUCAGCACCUUUAUCCACUUUACUUCUGGACCCAACCUAUCCACUGUUCAUCUGUGAUAUCCUGUAUGCCUUCAUGGCCUGCAGGAAUGGACAGGGACAUGAAUGUUUGUAGUUAUAAAUAGUAAAUGACUAGCACAGAAUCUUAUAUUUUCUCACCUGAUGCCUCAUUGCAGAGCCCUGUCACACCAGCUGGUUGGUUAGCAGGUGCAGGCAGCGCCGAGCAAUGCGGUGAAUGCAGGACAUGGACUGACUGGCUGUUCAAUGAGCCGCUCAAAAGCUUGAUCCUUUGGCCUCUGCUGCCACUUUGAGCUGAGAGAACCAGACAAGACACACCGGAGCUAAUGCAUGGUCUUGCACUUACAAAGUUUAUAGAUUGUAACACAAGACACGUUGAAUGUAGUACAUGCUAUGUUCCAAGCUUCCAAGCAAAAAAACACAACUGCAACAAUAACAACAAUGAAACAUGCAGAAAUACUGAAUGGAAACAAUGACACAGAUACAAACCGAGUAAAAGAAACAGACCAGGGGACGUAUCUCUUAAUUUAUCUGAAUUCACUGGUACUUAACCUUUGCCUAUAUACUGUAAAUAGUGUGAUGUUAACAGAGAAUUUCAUCUAAGUAAACGCUGAGAAAACGUUUGAAAGAUGUUAAGUUAAAUAACUUAUGUUGUUUGUACUGUACAUACUAUGUGUUUGAGUGAACUUUCUGAUACAACAAAAGCACUAAUUAAGUUAUACGCUAACCAGAAUGGUUUGGCUUUGAUUUUUUUUAACUGUCAUGGGAUGGUCUUGUGAAAUAAAUGCCACUAUGAGGACAUUUUCUAAUGCUGUACGUAAUUCUAAAAAAAGACUUUAAGAGAAAUCAUUAAUACUUGACAUAAUUAAUUCUUGUUACUUAGGUACAACACAAAUGGCAUAUAUGCAAUAUUUACACUUUUGAAAAUUAGUUUACAAAGACGUACCAAAUGUAUAAAUACUGUUAAUAAUAUUUGUUAAACCUUAAAAUCAGAUUUUUGCUGUUUGUACAUUUUUUCUUCAAAUUUGAAAUGAAAUUUUUUUUCUGUUUGUUUUUUGCUAAUCGAGCCUAUUGGUGUUUUGAGCAGUGUUUUUGCAUUUGGAUAAUGUUUCAAGUUUUUAUUCAGCAUCUUAAAGGUUACAUUAUGGGCCCUGGCUUAUCUUGCUGUGUCUUUCUUUGUAAAUAUUUCACAUCUUGAAUAUUGUGAUGCUACUAAGAGAUGAUAAUUUAAACUUAGUUCAUUGCUUUAGAUUGUAUUGAUUCUUUAUAGACACAUGCAAUAAACAAUGAUGUUAUUUAAGAAA